AUGAGUACCCAGCGUUCUGUCAUACCUCUAGAAUCUAACCCUGAGGUGUUUACUCAAUUUGCGCACAAUUUGGGCCUAGAUGAAUCGCAUGAAUUCGUUGAUAUAUACUCACUUACUGAUCCAGAUCUGUUGGGAUUCGUUCCUAGACCAGUGAAAGCCCUUAUUCUACUUUUCCCUCUGAAUGAAGUCUUCGAGUCAGAAAAGAAUUUACGUACUGAUGACAACACUGAGUUGAAGACCAAUGACGGAAAUCAACCAGUCUGGUUCAAACAGACUAUUAGAAACGCCUGCGGAUUAUACGGCAUACUUCACUCCCUAGCUAACAACGAUGAGCUCCUGAAAACUGAUUCUCCUCUGCUGAAUUUCCUUAAAUCGAACCAAAGGGACAAUGGACAGUAUGCGGAUGAGAUAACGGACGAUUUCGUCGUUUCACUGAGCGAAGAUAAUGCAGAGAGAUUCCGUCAAGGUCAAACACAGGCUCCAGAAAAUGGUGAGGUUGAUCUACACUUCAUUACCUUUGUCGAGCAUAACGGUAAAAUUUACGAGCUGGAUGGUAGAAGACCUACUGGCGCUAAGCUUCUAGGUGUCACACAGGACAAGGAUCUUUUGGGACAAAGCUUGGUUUCCGAUAGAGUACAGUGGUACAUGGACAAUGCCGAUGAGGAGAGCAAACUCAAUUUUUCUCUUCUAGGACUCGCUCAGCCCUGGAAUUAG